CCCACCCACCCCCGGGGCUGCGACUGCUGCGGGGCAUGCGCGGCUCCGCGCGGCGUUACACAAACAUGGCGGCAGCGGCGCCAGCGUGAAUCCGGGCGCCGGACCGACCCAGGUGACAGAACCACUUUAGCUUCCACGGGCCGCUCCGGGACCUCCUGAGGAGGUAGUUACGGUGAGAGUAGAGGGGAAGAGACGAAAUUCCUUAUGUGAUAAAGAGGCUGUUUCUGGUCUUCCUGACCCCAAGGAAGAACACUGAAGAAGAGUAAGACUAUGGGGAAGACAGUAAAUAAAGAUUCAAAGAACAUUAAAAAGGAAAAGCAAGGAAAAAAUCACUCACACACUUUUCCCUUGCAGACAGAACAUUUUAACUGGGACAGUUACUUGAGAGAGACUGAAUCUUUAGCUGCUCCAUCACAGUGUUUCAGACAGUCCAAGAUUCCACCUACUAAUGAGUUUAAAAUUGGCAUGAAAUUGGAAGCACGUGACCCACGAAAUGUCACCUCUGUGUGUAUUGCCACAGUCAUUGGAAUUACUGGUGCCAGAUUACGAUUGCGACUGGAUGGUAGUGACAAUAAAAAUGACUUUUGGAGACUUGUAGAUUCCUCAGACAUACAGCCUAUUGGAACUUGUGAAAAGAAAGGGGGCAUGCUUCAGCCUCCUCUGGGAUUUCAAAUGAAUGCAUCAUCUUGGCCAAUGUUCCUCUUAAGAACAUUAAAUGGAGCUGAAAUGGCACCUGCAACAUUCUUUAAGAAGGAACCUCCAAAACCAGCCCCAAAUCUUUUAAAAAUUGGAAUGAAACUUGAAGCAAUAGACAAAAAGAAUCCUUAUUUGAUCUGCCCAGCAACUGUUGGGGAUGUUAAAGGAGAUGAAGUUUUUAUUACAUUUGAUGGCUGGAGAGGAGCAUUUGAUUAUUGGUGCAAGUAUGAUUCUCGAGAUAUCUUCCCAGUUGGGUGGUGUGGCUUAACAGGAGAUGCACUGCAACCUCCAGGAAAUAAUGUUUCCAUUACAAAGAGUAGUGCAAAAACACAAUCUUCCCCUUCCAAAGUGACCCGGCGUUCAAUGCAGUCUCCACAGAAAACUGUUCCAAUACCAGCACAGCGGGGCAAGAAACCAGGUCGGGCUAAACCACCUGGACAGACUUCAGUCCCCAAGAAGGGCAGGUCUCCUAAAAAUGUUUCCCUGACAAAAAACAUCUCUCUCACUGAAAAUCUCAAAACAAGAAAAAAAGGCCUAAAACCAGGAAGAAAGAAAAAAAUUCAUGCAGUACCAUGUUCUCCUGCAUCCACAGCUCAUAUCAAUUUGCCCAGCUUAAAUAAUAGCAAGCCAGUUAUUCUUAAAGAUGGAAUUGGCAUUUCUGGGACAACUGCUGCAGUUAUAUCCACAGUUUGUGUCUAUGUAAACAAACAUGGAAAUUCUGGACCUCACCUGGAUAAGAAAAAAGUACAGCUCCUUCCUGAUCACUUUGGACCAGGGCCUGUUAACGUGAUACUCCGUCAGGCUGUUCAGGCUUGCGUAGAUUGUGCCCACCAAGUUAAAAUGGUUUUUGGAUUCCUUAAAUCAGGACAUCAUGGAGGAGAAAUGAUAACUGCAUCCUUUGAUGGGGAAAAACAUGCCACCAACCUUCCUUCUGUGAACAGUGCAUCAUUUGUUCUUCGUUUUCUGGAGAAACUCUGCCACAGUCUGCAGUGCGAUAACCUUUUUAGUAGCCAGCCUUUCAGCCCUUAUAUGGGAACUGCCCAUAGCCCUACAGAGUAUGAUAGAAAUAAACCAGCAAAAGAAGAAAUAUCAGAAAAUAGAAGUACUAAAAGAUAUUCUCAGGAUUCUCCACCCUAUACUGCCCCUCUCUCCCCUAAACUUCCUAGAACUGAAGUGCAUGCAUCUGAAGCAGAAAUAUUGUCAGUUGAAGAAAAUGGCAUGCCCAAAGACCACAGAUUUUCUGAAGAAUCUAUGGAUUCAUCAUUGAAUUUAGGAAAUCCUGCAAGCCCUGCCCGUAGAAAUCCCACAAACUGUCGUACCUCAACAAAUACUACAUAUUAUAGAAAUUCUCUUCAAUCAGUAACUACUACCUCAAACUCAGGGCCAGUCUUACACAAACUGUCAUUGAAUUCUGCUGGAAACAAUUAUUAUGAAGGUAACAGGAGCCGAAUGCAAAGGAGAAUUGAAGCUGCAAGUUCGACAACUGGACCAGAUCUCAGUGCUCUAAAACGGGAACCUUCAAGAGGACUCAAUAAAGAUCCCUCAAGUUGGUCUAUAGAUGAAGUAAUGCGAUUUGUGAAAGAAGCUGAUCCUCAGGCAUUAGCACCACAUGCAGAGCUCUUCAGGAGACAUGAAAUUGAUGGGAAAGCACUGCUUUUAUUGAGGAGUGAUAUGAUAAUGAGAUAUAUGGGACUAAAGUUGGGACCAGCAUUAAAACUCUGCUACCACAUUGAAAGGCUCAAACAAGGAAAGUAUUAGAAAAUGAAAGAGACAGAGAUUAUUGUAUUUUCUGGUUGGAAUAACUUCUCAGGUUUACAUAUUCACCAUUUUUAUUUAAAAAUAUUUUACUAUUGUAUCUAGUUCUCAGUUUCCAGAAAAUUUCUCUUUUAAAAUGUGAUAUUUCUACUAUUUACAGGAAAUUAUUCUGUUGUAGCAUUUCAAGAUUCAUUCAAGGGGUGAGAAUUUAACUGACUAUUGCUAGUAUGGUAAAUUGGGGUUUAUUUUUUCAUAUAUUUUGAUAAAUAUAAUUGAUAAAGGAAAUGUACAAGCUUUCAUUAACUUCCACAUUGAGAACCAAAAUAGCUGAAUCCCAAAGGAUUUAACAAAACAAAAUAUUUCAGGGGUUUUAUUAAUGUUUUUAAUUGUGGCUACAAAAGUUUCGCCAUAAAAUUUAAAGAUGCAGGUGUGAAUCUCAUCUCUUACUUGAUUAUCAUUUUCUAAAGCUCCAAAUGUUUGAUUCGGUUAUGCUUUUACAGAUUUGUAUAAGAAGAAUAAACAUGUGAAUUGUAGUCUUUUUUUUUAACAGGCAUAAACUUUUUUGAAGUAUUGUUAUUUUUGAGAGAAAUGCAAUUGUUAUUUUAUUCAGGCAACAUUUAUAUUACUUGUAAAGGUUUUCUUUGACCACCUUAAUAGUCAACUAUUCAGAGAUAAAAAGUCCAAGAUUCUUUUUAAAUGAUAUAAUUCCUGUUUUAAAACAUUCCAUCUUUUUAGUAAGCUUGAGAAUGGAAAUAUAUAUUCAUCUUUUAUACACCCAUGUACACAGAUGUAUGUUUGUCUUUUCUGAUUUUAAAAAUAUAAAUAUUUUUCAUGUAUUGUACCAUAUUUUUAUUCUAUCCAUAUAUCUGUAGGUACAUACAAGUAAAUAAUUUGUUUCUUAUGCUUUAAAAAUAGCACUGUUCCCCCACAGUGGUAAUAAUAAACAAUAUACUUUUAUUUUCUUAUUUGGGGGGUAGGGGGAGAUUUUUGUAUCAUUUCCCGUCAUUAGCCACUCUCUACUUCAAUUCCAAGGUUAUAAGGAAUAGGCAGAUUCAUUUUGAUAAAAGGAAAUUCCCUAUCCUAUGCAAUAAUCGAUUUGUGUAUCAUCCAGUUCUGACACAUUUAUUAUACUAUGCUCCCCUUUUUGGUUUUAAUUUAAAGAUUGUUUUUCAUUAAGAAUUGGUGCUAGAUAUAAUAUACAUAUAUACAUAUACUUAUCUUUAUUGCUUUAUAUAAAGUUUGGUGCAUUUUAUAUAAGCUAUGAUUUGUUUCCUGAAUAGAAUAAGCUGUUUUUUUGUCACUGCCAAUUACAUCAGGGACAAGAAGGUACAUUUUCUUUGUAGAGAAAACCAAAUGUACUAUGUAGUAGUGGAUCUGCCGGGAAAAAUGUAAUCUUAGAGAAUAAUUUUAUAAUGUUUAUUACAUUUUUAUAAAAGAUUUCUUGUCAAAAUUGGUAUUUUUGCAAAUUGCUCUUUUGUGAAUACCUUGCUUUAGUUAAAAGAACUUCAGGUUAUUUAAAGAUUUUUGCAAUAUCUUACAAUUAACAGUGUUAUAUGUUCAAAUAUUCACAUUUUAAAUGCUGCCAUGUGUUUUUAAUUUAGUCAGUAACUUUUGAAGAAUUAUUUUUACUAUAGUUGCUUCAUUUCAAUUGCAUCAACCAACCUGUAAAUUGUACAGUAUAUAUUUGAUCAGAGUCAUAAAAUAUUUUUUAAAGUAUAGUUUAUUUUUCUGAUUAGAAAAUUUGUCAAUUUUGUUAUCAAAGCUCGACAUUGUUGAUUUGUGUAUAUCACAUUGCUUUAAUGUAUGAAUUUAUUUAGAUGUUAAUAAUAAGUACCUCCACUUCAAAGAGUUUUCUUUGCAUUUUCCACAUAAUUGAUUUAAAAAAAAAUUAGGAAUAUACAUAAGGUAAAGAGGUAAUUCCUUGGUAAAAAAAUUUUUUUUUUCCUUUUUGGAGGUAUAUAAAUCCAGGCACAAGGGUACCACUUAGGAAAUUACAUGGUUUGUCUUCAGCCUCAAAAAUAGCAAUGUUGCUGUCCAUCUCUGCAAGUGGAAUUGAAAAGUCCAAGAUAUCAACAGUAAUAUUUCACUGAGUGCGUAUAGUGACCUUAUAUUGCUUUGCAGCUAUAACUUCUCCAUUAGGGAGCUAAAGUUUCAUCACUUGGUUACAUUCAUUCACCUGUAUAUAAGAUAACCUAACACAGAGGAUUCUGGUUUAUGUCUGAGCAAACUCAAUUUUCAGAGUUACUAUACACGACUACAUUUUCGCUCAUAUGGGUCUGCUCAAAGUUAGUUUCUUUGUUAUUAGUUUGCUACAUUUAGUUUAAUUAAACCUUUUCCCUAGCAUUCUUUGCUUUUUUUCUAAGUUGCUUGAGGUUUUACUUCAUAUUUUCCUCAAGGUUUUUUUUUCUUUUUUGACGGCCUUACUCAUGAUUGUCACUCAUAUCUGCUCAAAUCAUUCUAUUUCAAAGUUCAUUUCACAUUAGCAAUCAAAUAUUCAUUUAAAACUUUUCAGACCAAUGGCUAAAUUUUCCAGAUUUCUUGAUUAAAUUUAUUUAAGCCCAUUUUUCAUUAUGUUCUUUAGAAAUCAGAACCAGAUAGCCAUUUGAUCUUAUCAAUGAAUUUCUUUAGCAUUUUUAAAAUUGCUUUUUAGUCAUUGGUAGGUUGAUCAUAAAGCUCUGAUUCUAUAUUAUCCAUUAUCUCAUUUGGUUACUUAUAAUACUAAGAAAAACAAAAUAUUAUUUAUUUUUAAAUUUUAAAAAGAAAUUUGCAAAAUUAUUAUUACAUGCUAUUGUAUAAUUGAAAACAUUACAAAUGAGAAGAUUUUCUAGGGAAAUUUAUAAUUUAAUAUCAACUUCCACAUUUCUUGUUCUGUUCAUCGAUUAUUGUUGCUUUAAAGUGUUUUGACUAAAACUGUAUCCUGUACCAGGUGAUAAGUGUUGUGGAAUGAGUCAGAAAUAUGCUGAAUAUCAUUCCAUAGUGAUUAGAAGACAUAUCUACAUAGUAAGCAGUUUACUUCUUCCAAGAGAGGACCAAGGUCACUAUAUCAUUGUACAAAUAAUACCUUACUAGAAAUUUUGCAGUUAUUUCCUUGUUUCUUCAGACUAUGUGCAAAAUCUUUUGUUUAUGAAUGUAGGUAUGAAAAUAAACCAUUUUUGCUUGCUUA